GGUUGGGGGUGCUACAUGAAGUAUGCAUGUGCCAAAGACAGGUCACUGUUUUCAGCAAAGAAUCUACAGCCAAUCAUAAGGGACAUUUACACAGUGACACAAACCAGUGUAAGAGAGCAGCAUGGACUACUGAGGAGGAGCUCUGUCUUGCCUCAGUUCAGGACUCCCAUCUGCUGGCAGAACACGGAGUCUGAGAGAGAAAGAGCAAGACACGGGCACGGACUGAAUUUCCACAGGGCUGGAAAACCACUGGCUUUUUUUAACUCCCAAAGCUUACAAGUAGUUCUCAGUAGAUACAAAAAGGUCUAUCAGCUGUCAUCUAGCUUUGUCAAAAUGAAGCUCAUACUGCUACUGUGCUGCUGGCUGACCAUGGCCUUGGCCUCACCAUUUGAACAGAGAGGAUUCUGGGAUUUUGCUUUUGACCUUGAUGGAGCAAUGAUGAAUGAUGAAGAGGGAUCUGGUUUUACUACUGUAGCACCAACUGAAGGCCCAUUCUUGCCUGGACCAACAUGUCCAUUUGGUUGUCAGUGCCAUCUACGAGUGGUACAGUGUUCUGAUCUUGGAUUGUCAGCUGUGCCAAAAAGCAUUCCACCAGACACAUUAUUGCUGGACCUACAGAACAACAAGAUUACAGAGAUCAAGGAAGGGGAUUUCAAGAGCCUCCACAAACUUUAUGCUCUUGUGUUGGUCAACAACAGAAUAAGCAAGGUACAUCCAAAGGCUUUCCAGCCACUGGUCAAGCUGCACAAGCUAUACUUCUCCAAAAACCUGCUGACUGAGAUCCCACGCAACCUGCCCCCCUCACUGGUUGAGCUGCGUAUUCAUGAAAACAAGAUCAAGAAGAUACCAAAGGAAAUCUUCAAGGGUCUCAAGUCAAUGAACUGCAUUGAAAUGGGAGGAAACCCUCUGGAAAACAGUGGUUUUGAGCCAGGAGCAUUUGAUGGCCUUAAAAUAAAUUACCUCAGGAUUUCUGAAGCUAGACUAACUGGAGUUCCUAAAGACCUGCCAUUUAGCUUAAAUGAACUCCAUCUGGACCAUAAUGAAAUUCAGGCAAUUGAACUGGAAGACCUAAGGCGCUACAAAGAACUCACCAGGCUGGGUCUUGCCUACAACAAAAUCCGUUUCAUUGAAAAUGGCAGCUUAAACUUCCUUCCCAACCUGCGCGAAUUGCACUUAGACAACAAUAAGCUGCCUCGAGUACCUGCAGGACUGCCUGACAUGAAGUAUCUGCAGGUAGUGUACCUACACAACAACAACAUCACAAAAGUGGAAGCGAAUGACUUCUGUCCUGUUGGCUUUGGAGUGAAGCGUGCUUACUAUCAUGGGAUUAGCCUCUUCAGCAACCCAGUAAACUACUGGGACGUGCUGCCUAGCACAUUCCGCUGUGUCACAGACCGACACUCUGUACAUUUUGGAAACUACAAGAAAUAAAGCUACUGAAAGGCUGAAGACAAGUAAAAAAGAAAAAGGAGAUAAAAAAACAAAGAAACCUAAAAGAACAUUGCUUUACAUUUUAUUUUUUAAUUCCCCACCACACAGAAAAGACAAUAUACAUGCUAGAAGUCCUGCUAAGCAAUAUUAGAGCUUGUUGUAGUCAGUGUAAAGUACUCCUCUGUGAAAAAGAGAUCACAAAAGGAAGGCUUAUCAAUACACAUUUUAACACUGUCAUGUUUCAAAGAAAGAUAAACUCCACACAACAUCUUUCCUCACACAUCACAAAAAAGUGUGUGCUUCCACAGAAUGAGAACUUUUAUAAUGCUGACACUAGCUUUGCUUUGUUAGAGAGCCCAUUCUUACAGUAAUGAAAUAAAUCUGUAAAUUUACAUUUCUAGAUGUUUUUCUGCUUUAUGUGCUUGUGUUCGAUUUUCAUGGUGGUACAGCAGACAUGAAAGGAAAACUAAUUAUACAGACUGCUGACUUCAUUUGCUUUGAGUCCUUCUUCACAUGUCACAGCACAAGUCCCUGCUAAUGAUGUCUAAAUGUCUAAACCUAUAGCAUUGGAAAUGAUUCUGCCAUUGUAACCAGCUGAUCUGUUAUCAGCUAGAAAAAAAUAGCUAAAAUUGGGCAAAGCUUAUGCAUCUAUGAUUUUAUUUCCAUGUUAUUAGGUAGAUUUAUAAGGAAUAGGUAAGAAAGUCAAAUUAAAUAUUGGUUGAGUCUUCUAAAUGCAUUUCCCUUAACCUGUCAUUUUUAUUUGUCACAUCAAGGCAUUUUCAAUGAGAUUUUACAUAAGAAGGCUAUACCAGAAGUUGUCCAUCAUAUCUGAAUUUCAAUAUAUUUUAUUUUCUUCUGAUGUAUCAUCUCCUCCUACUUGUCACUUGUUCUAUUGUAUCAUCUCCUUCUGUUUGCCAUAAAUCUGUAACCUGUUACCAGUGACUUUUA